GGUGCUCCACAUGCGCCUUCAGAUGAUGAUGUUUAUGACGGGCACUUUAUACCCAAAGGCACAAUAGUAAUGGUUAAUCAGUGGGCACUGUCCUGGGAUGAAGACAUUUUCCCCAAUGCAUCAUGCUUCAAUCCUAGUCGCUAUCUAACAGUUGAUGGGAAGCUGAAGGGUCCUUUCAUCAACCAUUUUGCCUUUGGUCAUGGCAGGCGUAUCUGUCCUGGUCAUUGGUUUGCAGAGAACAGUCUGUGGACUGCAGCUGCUGCCAUACUCACCAUCAUGCACAUUGAUCAUGCUAAAGACUCAAAUGGAAACAGGAUUGAGGUGAUGCCAGAGUUCACCACCGGCUUAUUGGUGUAA